AUGUUACAUACGCUCCCAGAUUUCGAUGUGAUCGAUUGCCACCGAAUGCCUUCAGUUUGACGCCAGCAGAAGAUGUGGAGCGGCUGCCAUCAGGUGCGAAAUUGGAGUAUAAACCAUUUGUUCGACAUUUGGCUUAGCACAGGAACCGUUGAGUUGUUGUGGGAGAUUUCGAUCUUUUGUCAGCUCGAUAGGCAGCUUCCCACUCGUCUUGAUUGGCACAUAGUUACAGACGCGACAUUCUGUAAAAGACUAAGAAGACUUGCAUAA